AUGUUGGCGCACUCGUCCCGUCGGGUGGCGGGCCGCGUCGCCCGCACGCUCGCUGCCGUCCAACGUGACUUCAAGUCCAGCGCCGAGGCGGGACAGGCCCACCCCAAACCGGUGCCUCUCUCUAAGCUGAAGGACAGUUUCCUGGAUGGCACCUCCUCCACCUACCUGGAGGAGCUGGAGCAGCGCUACCGGGAGGACCCCGCGAGCGUGGACCGCACCUGGGCCUCCUUCUUCAAGUCCAUGGACAUGGGUGUGUCCGCCGAGGCGGUGGCCGAGGCGUACGACGCCUUUGAGCGCGGGGAGAACGCGUCCCCCCUGGCCGCGGCGGCGGUGUCGGCCCAGUCCAUCCAGGAGUCAAUGCGCCUGCUGCUGCUGGUGCGUGCCUACCAGGUGAUGGGCCACCUGUCGGCGCAGCUGGACCCGCUGGGCCUGGACCAGCGCGCCGCCCCCGCGGAGCUGGACCACACUUUCUACGGCUUCUCGGACGCGGAUCUGGACCGCGAGUUCUUCCUGGGCACCUGGAACAUGGAGGGGUUCAUGGCGGAGGACCGGCCCAUCCGCACGCUGCGCGAGAUCCUGGGGCGCCUGCGUGAGACGUACUGCGGCCCCAUCGGCUACGAGUACAUGCACAUCAACGAUCGCGAGCGGUGCAACUGGAUCCGCGCGCGCAUCGAGACCGCGGAGCGCGAGUCGUACUCGCGCCAGAAGAAGAUGCUCAUCCUGGACCGCCUGUCCUGGAGCGAGCUCUUCGAGUCCUUCCUGGCCAACAAGUACACCGCGGCCAAGCGCUUCGGGCUGGAGGGGUGCGAGGCGCUGAUCCCGGGGCUCAAGGCCAUCAUCGACUCCGCGGCCGAGCUGGAGGCGCGCAGCGUGGUCAUCGGCAUGCCACACCGCGGGCGCCUGAACAUCCUGGCCAACGUCAUGCGCAAGCCCAUGGAGCAGGUGUUCAGCGAGUUCGCGGGGCGGCGCCCCGGCGAGGGCGGCGGCGCCUACACCGGGUCGGGCGACGUCAAGUACCACCUGGGCACCUCCUAUGACCGCCCCACCAUCCACGGCAAGCGCGUGCACCUGAGCCUGCUGGCCAACCCCUCCCACCUGGAGGCGGUGAAUACGGUGUGCCUGGGCAAGGUGCGCGCCAAGCAGUACUACUCGGCCGACGACUCGCGCCGCGCCAACCUGCCCAUCCUCAUGCACGGCGACGGCGCGUUUGCGGGGCAGGGCAUCGUGUAUGAGACCCUGGACAUGUCGGCCCUGCCCGACUACACCGUGGGCGGCACCAUCCACGUGGUGGUCAACAACCAGGUGGCGUUCACCACCGACCCGCGCAAGUCGCGCUCCUCGCCCUACUGCACCGACGUGGCCAAGGCCCUCUCCGCCCCCGUCUUCCAUGUGAAUGCGGACGACGCGGAGGCGGUGGUCCGCGUCUGCGAGCUGGCCGCGGAGUGGCGCCAGACCUGGGGCUCCGACGUCGUCAUCGACCUCAUUGGCUACAGGCGCUAUGGGCACAACGAGAUCGACGAGCCCAUGUUCACCCAGCCCCUCAUGUACUCCGCCAUCAAGCGCCACGCCAACCCGCAGCAGCUCUACGUCCAGCGCCUGCUGGCCGAGGGGUCGGUGAGCAAGGAGACGGUGGACGACAUCCAGAGCACGGUGCAGGCCAAGCUGGCCGCUGCGUUUGAGGGGGCCAAGGAGCACCAGCCCAAGCUCUCCGACUGGCUGUCGAGCCACUGGAAGGGCUUCAACUCCCCCAUCCAAUACUCGCGCAUUCGCAACACCGGCGUCCCCAUUGACCUCCUCAAGUCCGUGGGCGACGUGAUCACCGCGCUGCCGGCCAGCUUCAAGCCCCACCGCCAGAUCGCCAAGGUGUACGAGAACCGACGCGCCAUGGUGGCGGGGGAGCAGGGCGUGGACUGGGGGUUCGCGGAGGCGCUGGCCUUUGGCACGCUGCUGGCGGAGGGCAACCAUGUGCGCCUGAGCGGGCAGGACGUGGAGCGUGGGACUUUCAGCCACCGGCACGCGGUGGUGCACGACCAGGCCACCGGGGACAAGUACACACCGCUGGCCCAUGUGUACGAGGACCAGCGCGCAGGGCAGUUCACGGUGUCCAACUCCUCCCUCUCCGAGUUCGGCAUCCUGGGCUUCGAGCUGGGGUACAGCCUGGAGUCGCCCAAUGCGCUGGUCCUGUGGGAGGCCCAGUUCGGCGACUUUGCCAACGGCGCCCAGAUUAUUUUCGACCAGUUCAUGUCCUCCGGCGAGGCCAAGUGGCUGCGCCAGUCGGGGCUCACCGUGCUCCUGCCCCACGGCUACGAUGGGCAGGGGCCGGAGCACUCCUCCGCGCGCAUGGAGCGCUUCCUGCAGAUGGUGGACGAGGACCCGUACCAGCCCCCCGUCAUCGACGAGAAGGAGUGGUUCACGGGUGGGCACCUGGGCUCCCAGACCCAGCGCAUCAACUGGCAGGUGGUCAACUGCACCACCCCCGCCAACUACUUCCACGUCCUGCGCCGCCAGAUCCACCGCCAGUUCCGCAAGCCUCUGGUCGUCUUCUCGCCCAAGAACCUGCUGCGCCACCCGCUGGCGCGCUCCCCGCUCACCGAGUUCGACGACAAGCCCGACGAUAAGUACAUCGAGGGCGUGCGCUUCAAGCGCGUCAUCAUGGACGAGAACGCCACCGACCGCUCCCCCAAUCCGGAGCCAGUGCCGGGGGUCAAGCGUGUCGUCUUCUGCUCCGGCAAGCUCUAUUACGAGCUGGCCACGGAGCGGGCGCGGCAGGAGGGCAAGGCCGACGAGGUGGCCAUUGUGCGCAUCGAACAGCUCGCGCCCUUCCCCUUCGACCUGGUGGAGCGGGAGCUGCGGCGCUACCCCAACGCGGAGGUGCUGUGGGCCCAGGAGGAACCCAAGAACAUGGGCGCAUACCUCCACGUCCAGCCCCGCCUGCAGACCUGCAUCCAGGGCGUGGGCGGCACGCCCCCCAUGCGCAUCAAGUACUCGGGACGCAAGACCAUGGCCUCCACGGCCACCGGGUUCGGCUCGGUGCACGCCCAGGAGCAGGCGGAGCUCAUUGCCAACGCCCUGGACACCUCCUUCUGA